AUUUAUUAGCUGGCUCUACAGUAGUGCCGUAGAGUGUUUGAUUGGGAUAGAGACUUGGGUGCUAGAUCGAUCUGCGGUGUGCUGCAUGCUGCAUGCUGAAGCUCCUUGAGGGUUCUUGCCAUGGCUGUUGGAUUUUCCGUGUCACGCACUCGAUUAAUUGUUGCCAUGCAUGGUCGAUCGAGAAACAAGAAGCUGAACAAGAUUGAUCGAUCCGAUUAUUCGAUUGCACUCGACCCGACUCGACUCAGGUUACAUCGAACUAAACGACCAGGAGAAACCCAGUCAUGCGUUGAAGCCACCAGUACGGAAGUUCGUUUCGGGACCAAUCUCCUCACAUUUUGUGUUUCAACGAUCGUUACCUACGAUACCAGCAUCGCCAAGAGACUGUUCUUGGAGCUAAGUAUCAUGUUCCGGUCAAUACGGCAGCAUGGCUAUCAUACCUGUAUCAUAACCGGCAGUGGGAGAUGAAUGAGGGAGAUUUUCGAAAUUCCUCAUUCGUUGGCUCUCUUUCAGCUGCAGUCUGCGACUUGUUCCUUUCGAGAGAAUAGAAGGACCUAGCUAGUAGCAAAAAAGAGGCAGAGCUUGUCUUGGACUGUCACUCGUUCCGAUAUAUUUCAUUGAUCUUCUUCUUCUUUCGAGCUCAAACAAGCUAAGCAAGCAAUCAUAAGCAUCAUAAGUAUCAAUCAAUCAAUCAUGGAGUCUGUCGCGUCGUUGAACGAAGUGAGUUGCUUUGAUCUGGACCUUUUGUGUAUGGGUCCCGACGUGGUGACUACUCCUCGAACCAUUCAAACGGAAGAGGAUGAAGAACAAGGUCGAUCAUCGUCUCGUCGCGAAACGCAAAAGAUGGACUAUCUGGUCGAACAACUCGUAAGCAACAAUCGUCUUUCGCAAAAGGCUUCUACUGAUAGUCAUCGCAGUGGACGAAGCAAUCGUAGUGGACGAAGCAAUCGAAGCAACCGAAGUAAGCGCAACAACAAAAAGAACAGCAACACUUCGUCAUCACAUCACAACACUAGCAACCACAAGCCCACAGGAGUCAGUUCCUUGCUUCCCAGCCUCAGUCAUAGUUUGUCUGGAUUGGGCAGGAGCAACAACAACGAGAAUAAUGACCGCAAUAACAGAAACAGCAGCAACAAGAACGCCAACAAGAGCGGAAAUGCAAAGGAUGGUUUCACAACCGAUACCGACACGGAUCUGGAAGAUGGCAACAACAUUCAAGCAAAUGUCAUUAUGAUUAGUGGCUGCGAUGACUCGCAAACAUCCGCUGAUGUCAGCAAUGUCGCCAGCUUUUCCCUUCCCGAUGCCAAUGGCAAGGCGGGAGGAGCCUGUACGUCGGCGUUGCUACAAGUACUCUACGAAAACAAACGAACCAGCGGCACCACCACCAGUCUCUCCUUUAUUCAAGUCCUUCGAAACAUGCGAAGCAUUCUGGUCAAGGGCCAUUACACACAAAUCCCACAGCUCACAUCGUCCCGACCCGUCGAUACCAACCAGCCCUUUUACAUUGUCCCACCCGAUUGCACAGGAACCAAACGAGCCGUCCUCAUUGGGAUCAACUAUACGGGUCACGGACAAGGAGAACUCAGCGGAUGUCACAAUGAUUGCAACAACAUGAAAGAUUAUCUCGUCAAUGUCGCGGGAUUCCAAAACGAGAAUAUCUACGUGCUCAUGGACGAUAAUAACGGCCAACACAUGGCUCCCACUCGGUCCAAUAUUCUCAGGGCAUACCAGCAAAUGGCGGCCAGUAGUAAAAGUGGCGAUGCCGUCUUUUGUCAUUACUCGGGACACGGUGGACGGGUUCGCGACGACGAUUGGCACGAAGAAAAGGACGGCUACGAUGAAACACUCGUGCCGGUCGAUUACAAUACGGCUGGACAAAUUCGGGACGAUGACUUGUACACGACCUUGGUGGCUGCCAUGCCCGCCGGAGUCACACUCGUGUCAUUGAUGGAUUGUUGUCACUCGGGUACCGUGUUGGAUUUGCCCUACAAGUAUCGGAGCAGUACUACGACGGGUGGUAGUAGUACCGUGCUGACCGAGUCGACGCAAUGUCUCGUGUGCAGUGAUCCCAUGCUUCAUUGGAUUGUGUUGGCCAUGGUGAUUGUGUUUUGUGUCAUUUUCUUUCCCGUGUUUUUUUCGUAAAUAAACGAUGAUUCGAUUCAUCAGCAAGCCAAACAGGAGAGAGCCAAACAGGAGAGAGCACAAAAGGAGAACGGCAGUGUGUUGGGACAAUCAAUGCAUCAAAUAAUAAUCAUCAUCCGGUGGAAGCGAUCUGGGAACGUGUAGUUGCAGGUGACAGCUUCCGGUCGAAACGAACUUUUUAUUAAAAUACAUACAAAUACAAAACAAACACCCAAGUGACACUUCCAAUUCUCACAAGAGCUUUUGCACCAGAGCAGCUGGUCAACGACAACACGCUAUUCUGGAACGGCUGCUUGGUGUCGAAAAACUUUCUUCCAUUUCCAUCAUGCAUUCGAAUAAUUGUAUUCCGUACAAAUCCUAUUUACCCUAAACUUUUUAUAGUAAAGUAAAGUAAAAAUGAAAGGAAAUGAAAAUCU